AUGACAGCCUCGACAACAUCAAUGUACCCAUUCUACCAGAUCGAUGUCUUCACUGACAAAGGAUUCCUCGGCAACCCUCUCGCCGUCGUCGUCGCACUCGACCCUACCCUGCCCAUCCCCAACGACGAGCAGAUGCAAAAGAUCGCCAACUGGACCAACCUCUCCGAGACCUCAUUCCUCCUCCCGCCUACCGACCCCACUAAGGCCGAUUACAAAGUCCGGAUCUUUACACCGAAUGUUGAGCUCCCCUUUGCUGGUCACCCUACCAUCGGCACCUGUCGUGCAUUCCUCGAACACACUCAGUCGAAAAAGAAGAAGGUUGUCCAGGAGUGUGAGGUUGGACUAGUGGAACUGCAGGUCGCCAACAAUGGGUCAAUUGCUUUUACUGCUCCACCGCUGCGCAAGACAGGACCUGUGGAUGAAGGGACUGUGAGGGCUGUGUGUGAGUCGAUGGGAAUUACGAGGGAGGAUAUCCUAGAUACACAGUGGGUCGUCAAUGGGCCACACUGGUUUGCAUUGCUAUUGAAGGAUGCCGCGACGGUGCUGAAGGCUAGCAGGAUCCCGACGCUGGCGUCGAAGCAGUUUGAGUUUGGGAUCGUGGGGCAGUACCCUAAGACUGCUGCUGCCGCUGCUGCUUCAGGAGAAGGCAAGGAGGAUGGUAGUGCUCCGUUCUUUGAGAUCCGGGCCUUCCCUCAUGUGGAUCUGAUCGACGAAGAUCCCGUCUGCGGCUCCUUUAAUGCUGGUGUCGCUCAAUGGCUAAUCGGAAACGGCGUAGCACCUGCGAGCUAUGUGGCAUCACAAGGACUGGCAAUGGGCAGGCGAGGUCGCAUUGUUGUGCACCGCGAUGACUCUGAUCUGUCAUUGGAGGCGUCCAAGCGUGCUGUCUGGGUUGGCGGCCAGACCGUCGUUUGUAUCCAAGGUACCAUCCAAGUCUAA